CUUAUUUUCUCCAUGGUUACAGAACGUGAACUUACGUACGUGUUUACGUUUACGUAGCAAUCUUGGUGCGUUUGUUUAACCUUUUAUGCUAAUUGUACAACUUUUCUAAAUAGCCAAAAGAAACCUACUCCAUUUGUCAGACUUUUAAAUAACGUUGGGCAACUCCUCGACAUUAGCUCUACUGUCUAAUAGUAACUUGAAAGAUGGAGAAAUAUGAAAAACUGGCCAAAAUUGGCGAGGGCUCCUAUGGUGUGGUGUUCAAGUGCAGGAACAAAGAAACAGGCCAGAUAGUUGCCAUCAAGAAGUUUGUGGAGUCUGAAGAUGAUCCUGUCAUCAAAAAGAUUGCACAGCGAGAAACUCGUAUGCUUAAGCAGCUUAAACAUGUGAAUUUGGUCAACCUGUUGGAAGUCUUCAGGAGAAAAAGACGGCUCCAUUUGGUGUUUGAGUUCUGCGAACAGACGGUCCUCAAUGAGCUGGACAAACACCCCGAAGGGGUCCCGGAGGCUCAGCUGAAAAGCAUCGUGUGGCAGACUCUGCAAGCUGUGAACUUCUGUCACAAGCACAACUGCAUCCACCGUGACGUAAAGCCAGAGAACAUCCUCCUCACUAAAAGCGGCGUCAUCAAGCUGUGUGACUUUGGCUUCGCCCGCAUUCUGACUGGACCAGAGGAUGACUACACAGACUACGUGGCGACCCGCUGGUACCGGGCCCCGGAGCUGCUAGUUGGGGACACUCAGUAUGGACCCCCGGUGGAUGUUUGGGCUGUUGGAUGCGUCUUUGCAGAGCUUCUAAGCGGGAACCCUCUCUGGCCCGGGAAGUCUGACGUUGACCAGCUGUACCUCAUCCGAAAAACUCUCGGUGACUUGAUUCCUCACCACCAACAGAUUUUCCGUUCCAAUGUUUUCUUUUCUGGAGUCAGUAUUCCUGAACCGGACACAAUGGAGCCUUUGGAAAGGCGAUUCUAUGGAGCGUCUGCCCAAGCUCUGACAGUCAUGAAGUCCUGCCUGGUGAUGGACCCGUCCCUGCGGCUGUCCUGUGAGGAGCUGCUGGAGCUGCCAUACUUUCAGGAUGAGGGCGGGGCCAACUGGGGCCGUGAAGUGGAGCGCCCUGGGAGGAGGCAUGACAAGGCGUCCCGGCGCAGACAAGCUGGGGUAAAGACUUCUUCAUCAGACUUCAGUGGUGGACAAAGUACUUCGAGUACUUCAGUAAAAGUAUUGGUGCUCAUGGUAAAAUCCUGCUUAACUGCAAGUAAAAGUUGCUCGAUCAAAAGUUUGCCCAAGUUAAAGUACUGAAGUACUUAGUUUUGAAAAUACUCAAGUAUUCAAAAGUGUUGAGCGAUAAACCAAUAAUAUAUAUUGUGAUAGAUGGGUGAUCAAUAUCAAUAGAUAAUGCGUCUGAAAGAAUUUUUAAUAAUCUCACUGAACUCAGAUCCAGAACCGCACUGCAUUCUGGGAGAUGUAGGCAGAGGAAAUGCUUUAGCCGCUCAGCCUUUCACGGCUAACUAAGCUAGGUUGGUGGAAUCGACUGACUCUCUCACUCUUUGGUUACCUAGCAACUCACUCACUCUUUGGUUACCUAGCAACAGCCUGUCCAGUAACUUGCGCAGCAGCAGUUUAAUGUUUUGCCACCUCAUAGCUCCUUAAAAAACAACACCGUGGAGUAAAAACUGGAUUAAAUAGGAAAGAUAACUCCACCAGUUUGCCAGUUUUUCAAAUAUUUAAAGAAAAAAAAUCUAAUCGAUAUCGACUGACAGGAAACUCUUAUAUCGUGAUAUGUUUUUCAGCCAGAGUCCAGGCCAAGUACAAAUUAUAUUUUCUUAUAUCAGUACUGUGUUGUAUUGUUUUCUGAAUGCUUCCACAGAAUCUUGUAACUUGCUGAAACCACCUGGUGAUGUACUGACCCGGAGGACGAAUCUGCUAAAAACGUCUGCACCACCUGUAAAAAAUGCUUUUUUAAACUUACUCAAGCCUCACAGAAGGAAAAAGAGGAGAAACUUUUAGGACCAUUGUAGAUAUAAAAAACUGAGUAAAUUUCAGCAAAAAAUCUCAGAGAAAAAAAACAUGGAAAUUUUUUCUCAAAUUUGUCAGAUUAAUCUCUAUUUUGUUUUUGAGUUUUUUUAUAGAAAAUCUUCAACUCAUCAAAACUCUGAAUUGUCUCAACUUUUUCUCAACAUUUUCUGAGAUUAAUCUAAAAAUUUCUGAGCAUUUUUUUCUGUAAACAUUUCCCUGAUAGUUGUAGGAAAGGUUUUUUGGGGAAAAUUUACUCUUCCUCCUCUUUAUUUCUACAAUAUUCCUGACACGGUGUUGUAUUAUGCUGAGCCAAUAGGAACCAGAACCGAUGAGCAAACCAGAACUGAAGUGGAGUCAAAAGUUCUAAGUUUCCCAAAAAAAUAAAUACACAAGUGAAGGAAAGAUACUCAAGAAAUGUACUUGCGUACAGUACUCAAGUAAAUGUGCUCUGUUUCUGUUGUCCAGUUGAAAUGCACUUUU